AUUAGUGAACAAAGAGAUCUUCAGCAGUUAGUUUGAAGAAAACUAGCUAGCUAGUAAUUAGAUAUUUAAUUAAGCAGAAUAAUCAUGCUUAAAUGCUUCUGUUGCGUCCUCCGCAAUCCUGAAGAUUCAGACAGGGUUAUUACUAGCAGCAACAAGAGGUAUUCAUAUCCAUGGCAGAUAUACAGCCUGAAAGAGCUUCUGGCUGCCACCAACAACUUCCACGAUGAUAACAAGAUCGGCGAGGGAGGCUUUGGCACAGUCUACUACGGCAAAACAAGCAAAGGAGAAGAGAUAGCCGUGAAGAGACUGAAGGCGAUGACGGCAAAGGCGGAGAUGGAGUUCACCGUGGAAGUGGAGGUGCUCGGAAGGGUGAGGCACCAGAAUCUCCUCGGACUUCGGGGAUUCUAUGCAGGUGGAGAUGAGAGGCUGAUAGUGUAUGACUACAUGCCCAAUCUCAGCCUAGUCAACCAUCUCCACGCCAAGCACCCUGCCCGUGUCCCUCUCGAUUGGCCUCGUCGCAUGGACAUCGCCGUUGGAUCAGCCCAAGGACUGGCUUAUCUGCAUCACCAGACGACUCCGCACAUUAUACAUCGGGAUAUCAAGGCAAGCAACGUACUUCUUGACUCUGACUUCAGGCCAAAGGUGGCUGACUUUGGAUUUGCAAAGCUGAUUCCCGAUGGAGUGAGCCACCUCACCACAAAAGUGAAGGGCACGCUGGGCUACCUCGCACCAGAAUAUGCCAUGUGGGGCAAGGUGUCAGAGAGCUGCGACGUGUACAGCUUCGGGAUCCUGCUGCUUGAGAUGAUAAGCGGAAGGAAGCCGAUAGAGAAGCUACCGGGCGGGAUAAAGAGGGACAUAACGCAGUGGGUGACGCCGUGGGUGGAGAGUAGAAUGUGGGAUAAGAUUGUGGAUCCCAGGUUGGGAGACAAUUACGACCGGUUGCAGGCCAAGAAUGUGGUCAUGGUGGCUGUGAGGUGCACUGAUGGAAAUCCAGAUAUUAGGCCCACCAUGAAUGAGGUUGUGGAGUUCUUAAACAGCGGAACAUUAAUGGGGGAGACGACGAGCACCAAAGAACUGAUCAGAUUAAUGACGCUGCACAAAGAUAUAUCCGAGGAGGCUGAUGAUGCCCCUGAAAUUAGCGUCACAGCUUCUAAGUUAUACGUGAGGGAAAUGAGGAGAUAGUCGUCAAGAACAAGAUGAUAGUGAAUAUGUUGUGUGUUCAAUAUAUGGUUGAUGAUUCAUAUGAUUUUAUUCGAUGACCCGGAAAAAAAAAAAAGGUUGAUUCAUAUGUUCAUUAAUACAUCGGGAUACGUUUG